CUCCUCACAUGUGUGUCUCUGUGCUCCGUGGUUGCCUGUCCCACUCCCUGCUGAGACACACGCCAGACAGGUUACCCACCCGGAGCCCCGGCAAGCCCGAAACAGACCAGCCCAGUGAUCUGCCAUGGAAGCUGCAAAUGCCUCAAGGAGCAAAGUGGCAAGCCCAGAAGGCAGGGAUGCCCGCAGCCUGCCAGGCCCCAACAGCGGCCUAGAGAACGGGACGAAGGCUGAAGCCAAGGACGCCAAGAUCACCAAUGGGCACGGUGGGGAGACAGGUGAGGGCAAGAGCCUGGGCAGCACCCUGAAGUCAGGAGACGGGAAGAGCUCCCACUUCUCCGGGAAUGAGUGGCGGCGGCCCAUCAUCCAGUUUGUUGAGUCUGUGGAUGACAAGGGCUCCAACUACUUCAGCAUGGACUCCGCCGAAGGCAGGCGGUCCCCCUACACAGGGAUCCAGCUGGGGGCCGCCAAGAAGCCACCUGUCACCUUUGCCGAAAAGGGGGAAUUGCGCAGGUCCAUCUUCUCGGAGCCCCGGAAGCCUACGGUGUCCAUCAUGGAACCGGGAGAGGCGCGGCAGAACAGCUAUACCCGGGCUGACACCGGCAUCCUCCUGCGGUCCAAGUCAGGCUCCGAGGAGGUCCUGUGUGACUCCUGCAUCAACAACAAGCAGAAGGCUGUCAAGUCUUGCCUGGUGUGCCAGGCCUCCUUUUGUGAGCUCCACCUCAAGCCCCACCUGGAGGGUGCCGCCUUCCGCGACCACCAGCUGCUCGAGCCCAUCCGGGACUUCGAGGCCCGCAAGUGCCCUCUGCACGGCAAGACCAUGGAGCUCUUCUGCCAGACGGACCAGACCUGCAUCUGCUACCUCUGCAUGUUCCAGGAGCACAAGAAUCACAGCACCGUGACUGUGGAGGAGGCCAAGGCCGAGAAGGAGACGGAGCUGUCACUGCAGAAGGAGCAGCUGCAGCUCAAGAUCAUUGAGAUGGAGGAUGAAGCUGAGAAGUGGCAGAAGGAGAAGGACCGCAUCAAGAACUUCACCACCAAUGAGAAGGCCGUCCUGGAGCAGAACUUCCAGGACCUAGUGCGGGACCUGGAGAAGCAGAAAGAAGAAGUGAGGGCUGCACUGGAGCAACGGGAGCAGGAUGCUGUGGACCAAGCGAAGGUGAUUGUGGAUGCUCUGGACGAAAGGGCGAAAGUGCUGCAUGAGGACAAGCAGACCAGAGAGCAGCUGCACAGCAUCAGUGACUCAGUGCUCUUUCUGCAGGAAUUUGGUGCGUUGAUGAGCAGUUACUCCCUCCCACCGCCCCUGCCCACCUACCGUGUUCUGCUGGAGGGGGAGGGCCUGGGACAGUCACUCGGUAACUUCAAGGACGACCUGCUCAACGUGUGCAUGCGCCAUGUUGAGAAGAUGUGCAAGGCAGACCUGAGCCGUAACUUCAUCGAGAAGAACCACAUGGAAAAUGGUGGUGACCAUCGUUACAUGAACAACUACACAAACAGUUACUCAAGUGAGUGGAGUGCACCAGACACCAUGAAGAGAUACUCCAUGUACCUCACGCCUAAGGGUGGAGCCCGGACAUCGUACCAGCCAUCGUCCCCCAACCGCCUCUCCAAGGAGACCAAUCAGAAGAAUUUCAACAAUCUCUAUGGCACCAAAGGUAACUAUACCUCCCGGGUCUGGGAUUACUCCACCAUCCAGAACUCUGAUGACCUGCCCGCAGUCCAAGGCACCUCCUCUUUCUCCCUGAAAGGCUAUCCCUCCCUCAUGCGGAGCCAGAGCCCCAAGGCUCAGCCGCAGACUUGGAAAUCCAGCAAGCAGGCUUUGCUGUCUCACUACCGGCCAUUCUGCGUCAACAAAGGCAAUGAGAUUGGGUCCAAUGAGGCCCCAUGAG